GGUAAUCAAAGACGCAGCAGCAAUCACGCCCCGAGUGGAGUGGUCCGCGCAGAGUGCGAUUCGUGGGGGAGAAUUUGAAGUGUCACAAGAUUCGACUGACAAUUUUCUUCGUGCCUCCAUAUCAUAUCAGCUGGAGUGGAAACCCACAUCAGCACGGGGAAAGAUUAGGUUCCUGGAACUCGGCAAUGACUGGGGGCCUGCAUUGACAUGCAGCUUAGUUUUUGUGAACUCAGUGGGCAACCGAUGGGUGCACUAGUCCCUCCGUGUGCUCUUUCAUAACAUUCUCAUUCUCACAACAUUUUUUCAAGCGACUCCGGAUUAGGGAGGACAGGCAUAGCGUGUGAGAGCGAGGAUUACCUGGCAGCGAGAGGAUUCGACAGGAUCGUCGUUCUCAUUGAUGCGUUUAUGUGCAUUUCUGCGUGUCCAGGAGGAGAAGUGAGGCUCCUCGCUGUGGCAGAAUCACGGGGGUUCGGAGUUCGUCUCGAGAGUCCUCUGAUUACUGUGUAGACUCAUAGCAUCAUUGUUCUGUCAUCGCCUGAAACGGAGGCUUACAAUGUGACGUUGAAGAGAUUUUGACUGAAUAUUGCGGAUUUGAACUUUGCGAACUUUCUUGUUUCCAGCGACCUCGUUCUCUGCGGUGGUCGCGAGCGAGAGGAGGUUGGAGCCUACAAACAUGGGAGUGAUUGGCUCAGAGGAUAGUGAGAAGGAUCAGUUAGUUCCGGGUGUUCCUGCUACAGCUAAACUUGCACUUCAAAGCAUUUGUCAGCGUAUUCUCUGCAUCUAUUUCGAUCUGGUGGAUUGUAGACUAGUGUCUUGAAUCUACGAGAGCUGGAGUAUCCAACCUCCUUUGACCAAUGGACGACAACAUGAAGAGAGUUGUUUUUGGUAGUCAAACCACGUCUCCCAAGCUGAAUCCAGCAUCUACAGGAAACUGGACCGCGGAAGAGUCAAUUGUAUUUGGCCCGGGUGCUUCUGGAAAACGUUCAGCUGAAGGAGCUACAGCCUCUGACAGAGGAGGACCAGGUGGCCCUGGCAGGAGAGAGCGUGGCAUCAAGCAGCCCCAGCUAGGUCCACCGCAAGUCGGCAAGGGAUAUUUUAGAGGCUAUGAGCAGCCAUUUGCACCGCAACAAGUUGGAAAAGGAUACGCAAAGAGUCCUGAUCAGCAGCAGUUUGGACAGCAACAACUUGGCAAGGUAUUUGCGAAGAGUCCUGAGCAGCAGCAAUUUUCACACCAACAGCUGGGUAGAGGGUUUUCAAAGAGUCCUGAGCAGCAGCAAUUUCCACAGCAACAGCUUGGUAAGGGGUUUCCCAAGAGUCCCGAGCAGCAGCAAUUUCCACAACAACAGCUUGGUAAGGGGUUUUUCAAGAGUCCUGAUCAGCAGCAAUUUCCACAUCAACAGCUUGGUAAGGGGUUUUCCAAGAGUCCUGAUCAGCAGCAAUUUCCACAGCAACAGCUUGGUAAGGGGUUUUCCAAGAGUCCUGAUCAGCAGCAAUUUCCACAGCAACAGCUUGGUAAGGGGUUUUCCAAGAGUCCUGAUCAGCAGCAAUUUCCACAGCAACAGCUUGGUAAGGGGUUUUCCAAGAGUCCUGAUCAGCAGCAGUUUGCACAACAGCAACUCGGUAAAGGAUAUACGAAGAGUCCUGAUCAGCAGCUACACGCACAGCAGCAAUUGAGCAGGGGAUAUGCUAAAAGUACUGAGCUCCAGCAGUCUUCCUUACAACAGCCGAGGAAAGGAUACUCAAAACACCAGGAUCAGUAUGAAGCACAGCAAGUCUCCAAAGGAUAUGCCAAGAGCCCUGACCAACAGAGAGAAGAAGAAGCUGCAAAGGAACGGAGACGGGUUAGAUUUGGUGCCGAAGGAAGAUCGACUGGAGCUACACAGCGCUUGGGACCUGAAGUUGCGAAUGUCGAAAGACAAACUCCGAACAGUUCUCCAGGAGGAGAGAUAGGAACCAUGUUAGAACCUGGAAGUAGCCCCAUACCGGGUGGAAACCUGAAUAAGCGAGAAAUGAUCGUUGUCAGGCGUCCAGAAGUAAUAAUCGAGGACUCGUCAGAAUUGGAUGGGUUAGAGAGUUUAAACACUGAAGCUAUACUCGGAAUCUGUCCUGACAUGUGUCCAGAAAUUGAGCGCGAAGAGCGGGAACGGAAGGGUGACCUUGACAGAUUUGAGCGCGUGGAAGGUGAUCGAAACCAGACCAGUAUAGAUUUGGCAGUAAAGAAAUAUACAAGAACUGCUGAGAAGAGUGCUGUGUUGAUUCGCCCUCUACCUGUGCUAAAAAGUACCAUGACCCACUUACUCUCCCUGCUAGAAAGGGAUCAUGAAGAUGACCUCCUUUCAGUUCACAACUUUCUGUGGGAUCGCAUGCGGGCUGUACGAAUGGAUCUUCGAAUGCAACACAUUUUCGGUGAAGAUUCUAUUACAAUGCACGAACAAAUGAUCCGAUUUCACAUUUUAGCUAUGCACGAGCUGUGCGAAUAUGUACAGGGAGAAGCGGGCGUUAGUGAAGGUUUUAAUGCCCAUCUGAAUAUAGAGCAGAUGAACAAAACCUCCGUUGAUUUAUUUCAGAUGUAUGAAGAUCAUGUGAAGCAAGGGAUUUCAGUUCCUAGUGAGGCAGAAUUCAGAGGAUAUUAUGCUUUGCUAAAGCUUGACAAACACCCCGGCUAUCGAGUAGAACCUGCAGAAUUGUCGCUUGAUCUAGCUAAAAUGACUCCUGAAAUAAGGAGGUCCCCACAAGUUCUCUUCGCGCGAGAUGUUGCAAGGGCAUGUAGAGGAAACAAUUACGUUGCCUUUUUCAGGCUGGCGCGACAGGCAACAUACCUACAAGCUUGUUUGAUGCAUGCUCAUUUUGCAAAGCUACGUACACAAGCUUUGGCCUCACUCUAUAGUGGUCUUCUAAAAAAUCAAGGAAUCCCUCUGUCAACUGUUGUGGAUUGGCUUGGAAUGGAGGGUGAGAACAUUGAAGAUUUAGUAAAGUACCAUGGUUUUUCCAUGAAAUCAUACGAAGAGGAUUACAUGGUGAAGGAAGGCCCAUUUUUAAAUAAGGAACGGGACUUCCCAACAAGCCGCUCUCAGCUGGUUGAAGCCAAGCGAUCAGCAGUAAUUGCAGCAGAUGUGCAAUCUGGAGGACUGUUGCCCACUAGGCCUGAUUUAGCAAACAAGUUGAAGAAAUUAGUAAGCUCGGGAAGGAGCGAAUACAAAGAAGGAAGUUCAAUGAUCGGAGGGAAGUUACUGCCUGCAAUUGAAAAGGGCGAUCAACUACCAAUUUUUGAUCCAAUCCACACAUUUGUAGAUAGCGUGGAAGAAGACAUGCCUGACUAUGUAGAUGAAGAGGAACAACCGUUGGUGGAAAUCCAGGCAGCCCCAUUAUCAUUUGUCACUGAUAUGUCUAUGUUGAUCAAAGUUCAAUCUGAGGAAGAAGUAAAACAAAGUAAGAAGAGACGCAUGGAAGAGCCUCAUUCUGAAGCAGAAGAACACGAGAUUAGACGCUUGAGGCAUGAAGCAGAUGCAGCAGCAAGAAGGGCAGCUAGCCAAGCUCUCGCAGCAGAAGCUAAGAGACAAGAAGAGAAGCUAAGAGGAGCAGCCCACAAGGCCGAAGCGGAUGCUGGGAAACAAUGGCGUUGGUUCAGAAAGUGGAGAAGAAGAGCCGCUGCCAAAGCUUUGGAGCGUCAGCAAAAGCUAGAACGGGCUGAAACAGCAUUGAAUACUUUAUCAUUGGGGUUACCUCUCGUCAAAACACAGGAUUUCGGUGGAGAUUUGUUGAGUGUAGAAGACAGACACUAUUAUCUUCAAGCAUUAGUUGAAGAGCAAGCACGGAAGUUGCAAGAAUUUUGGGCUCCAAUCAAUAUACCGAAAUUAGUGAUGCCCAUUCUGCAUGAGCUGAAUCGAGGUACUAGAUUUCUGCAUUGGAACCUCCUCCUUUCGACUGAAGGCAAUGCAGCUGGGAACUGGAUUCGGACCAAAGUCAACAGCAAACUGCUAUCAAAUGCGGAAGAAUCCUACAUGGGCGUCGAGCUAAGUACCAUUUCUGCCGACGGGAAGAUUAUUUUCGAUAGAGCUGGAGGCAAGUACGUUGGUCUUUGGUACAGUACAAGAGAGUUGGUAACUAGCACGUCUACAUCACACUCGCAGGCUUCCUUUUACGGAACCAGUGGACUGGUUUUCGUGGUCAAAGAGAAUGAAUCAGUUGCAGUUGAGCAGGCAAGGUUGCACACUCUAGCACAAGCUGUUCCGGACGGUGUUAGUGUACCUCUUCUCGUAAUAUCAACCGAGGCAGGAUAUGAGAAUGGUAGGGAAGCUGAACAGUCCUUAUUACGGAGUUGGGACCUAUUUUUGAAGACAGAUGAGGUUAGUCGGGAAAAAAUCAGCAAGCACAAAUUGAUUUACAUCGGAAUAUCACCAGAAGUAAAUCCUGACGAGAAAUGUUACUUCAGUGGCCACGCCUUGACAGACGGGCUUCUGUGGCUUGCCUACCAUUGUCCACGCCAACCACAGCUGCGCCCGGUUCACCUUGCAGACCUUGUCAAAGAGCACCUAGACGAUCACUUGAGGCUCCUUUUGAGGAUGUAUCCCAGGGAUGUGAAACCUGAGCAUUGUAUCACUGUGUACAACAAAGCACUGGAGAAGGCUGUCGAUGAGAUCGAGAAGACUGCCCGUUCUAUCCCACUAAAUUGGCCGCCUGAUUCUCCGCCACGAAGGAAGUUGGAAGGAAAAGAUGGGGAGUACAUGCCUUCACUAGAAGCUUGGAAUCAUAGCAAAACCUUGGAACUUGCGUAUGCUGCUUUGAUUUCCUGUCGCCUUCCAGCGUUUCCUUCAGUUCCUUCAUUCGACACGGGAAUCUCAAUCAUCUCACAAAAGAUGACAUUGGAAUCGGUCCUUCAGAAGUAUCUCUCAAUAGUAGAAGGGACUAGUACAGACAAUCCAACAAUGAGGUGGGAAGUCAAUGGAAUGGUCCAAAGGGGAUGCACUAUCGAUUGGUCCAAGACUGGCAAUAUAUUGGUUCCCAGGUGGGCCAGAAUAUUUCAGGCUAUUUUUGCAACCAGGUUAAUCCUCCUCGAUGAGAUGCAAGCUGCUCUUGUUUACGUAUCCCGGGUUGAGAAGAGGCCUCCUUUCCAUCUUGAGAAAUUUGAGAAAUACCACAGCUCUGCUAAUCAAGCAUUAGAUAUUACUGACAGAUAUUGUAAUGCGGAGCCUCUACUAGAUGAUCUAAUUGGCCAAACUGGCUAUGAGGAUGAUGGAAUAGCGUACCAGGGCUGCUCAAGAAAGGAAGAGGCUUCACCACCUCAACAAAUGCGGACUGCUGUUCGAGAGGAAACACCAACUCGUUCAGCUAGAAACUCAUACCAGACACAAUUUUCAACACCGGAAACUCUCAGCCUUCCUAUGCAGUACAGAGGUGGAUAUUUGGAGGAGUCACAAAAGGAGGUCAAAGUUAGUCCUAUUUCAAGACACGUGACGGAUUGGCUGAUCUCCAGAACUGGAUUUGAUUCCUCCAAGCGGAUGCAGCUGGCUUUGACAGACUCAGAAUUGUUUCUGGACGACAUGAUGGAACAAUUAGACUUGUGGAACUCUAGACCUGCAGGCGACCAUGCCCAUGGAGAUGACUUUCCUGUAACCCCUCCGUUGUCUAAUGCGAAUCUUAUAGAACUUAGUAAAUGUGAUAAACAAAUUUCACCGAAAGAAGAACUUGGAUAUUAUGACUCAGCUUUUGAUAAUGUCAUUCCACACAGCAGAGAAAAAAAGGAUCUUGGUCCUUGGGCUCUCAAGCUGGAGUUGACUGAGUCCGAAAUCCUGUUGGGUAGAAUGGUAGCAGAGUUUGAGACUAAGACUUCUGAAGGGGACGAAGCGUUUCCUACGAAGAUUGCCCAUGGCAACGGAGAUACCGAGCAUGUACAUGAGUAUAAGCAAUCUUUCUCCGAACGAUCCCGGGCAAAUCUGCUUAUCAGUUGAGAGAAUUUGACAUGUACAUUAUCGCAGCUUCGAAGGUCGACAUUGUACGAAUGAAUUGGACUAUUGGACUCCCUAUAUCAUUCUGGAGAGUGAAGAAUCAGUGAAAAUGUUAGUUUGUUUCAUCUCCGGAUAUUGAGCGAAGUUUUGAAGACCCUGGGAUCUCCAAUGUCAACGAGAAAUCAGAUCUUGCUCUAAGCUUGAAGGCUGGGAACCGCCAGCUAAUCGCUGCAUAGAGUCCACAUGUCCGUGGUCUGUGGAUUCUCUUAGUUGGAGCUCUUUGUACAUUCACAAAUCAUCUGCGAUGUUAGAUAUCUGCACACGGAAGUUGAGAAAUUCUAUCUACUCUAUGCGGUUGAGCUGAAACGCCUUGAGCGAGAGGUCUCACGUUUUAGAUAGGAAUUUAUUACACACCAAAGAUUGAAAGUUGGUGGGGACGACAUGGAAGCACGCCCGUGAAUGGCGCUGCAUUGACUAUCAGGAGAACACCUGCACGAAAUUUCUCUAUGAGCUCGAACUUUUUGUUUUGAGCCGAUUGUGCAUAUUUGAAGGAUUAACAAGAAGUUGACAUCACGUCACAUACAUUCGAUGUCGUGGUUGAUUGAGUAAUUCAGGUAAGGAUUGCUUUUUAUUCCCUGACAUGGGAGAGUUUUGUUUUUGCGGUUAUGUAGUUGUGGAAAUUCUGUUUGUCCUGAAUGAUGGUUAUCUCUCCAGAAGCCCGGAGACAGUCCAUCACCUCUAAAUAUUCUCAGGAUCAUGUAGUAUGUCUUAUUCUGCGUGCUAAGUACUAAAUUUCGAGUUCAUAUCAGCUGAUUUUUGCGAUCUUCGGUAGUCUAUUCGGUAGUAUACCCGUGCAUUGGGUUUUCGGGUGAGUGCAUCAUGGUGAUGUGGAAUCUUGUUCCAGAUUACAGAUGAUUCUCAUGCUACUCAUAUCAUUACUAAGCUCUGUUCAAAACGGUGAUCAUUAUCCACACGAAGCUCGGCCGUUCACAUAAUCACUUUUUACCAUUGUAAUCUCUCUACUUUGACAGCACAUCGCAUUUAGUUCCAGUUAUCCGACACUGGGCCUCUUUGUGCUGUCUUCUGAGCAGUAGAGCUGUAUAACUUCUUAUUCUUGGAGCUAUGAUUACGGAUUUUGUCUGGGCCAUUGGCGGUACCACUAAUAGAGGAGCUGAUUGUUAACAGCCGAGAGAUCGUGGACAACCAGGAAAAUUUUAAUACAAGCG